AUGAACUCCGAGUCUCCUUCCACGGAGACUGUGGACACCGGGAACAUCUCUCCCUCCCCUCAACGGCCUACACGAGGGGAGGUCCCCAACAAGCCGCCAGUGUCCAUGUUCAACGUCUCGAACCAGGCCACUGUCGCCACAUCAGUCGCGGAAAGCUCGCGAGAAUCUGUAAGCAGAGUUGGAAAACAAGACAUGGCUCGUCCUCUUCGGCUACGUGAUCUCCAUGCUAACGCAAACCUCCAGUCCGUCUCCCGCAAUGCUGCCGUCAACAAUGCACUUCCCCAAGGUGGACGUGAGAUAACUCACGAUUCAUUCGACACAGUGAAUACGGAUAUUUCCUUUGCGUCUUCUCUCGACCAAGAAGAGGCAAAGCUGCGGUGGGACUCGGAGGAAGAGCUGAAAAAAGUUUCUCGACAUCUGCUCAAGGUUCAGAAAUGGUGUCUCAUUCUGGGUUUGCUUGCCGUCAACGGCGCGCUGAUUUAUGCCGCCAUAAGAUUCCACCAGCUGUACUACCUCUUCAUCAUUCUCCUUAGCUCAAACACCCUGCUACAAUUCGGGAUGAUGGUUUGCAUCAUCGCGAAUGCCAUCUUCAGACGCUGCAUGCCUUGCUGGUUCGCCAGAAAAGAGCGCAACCCCCCUGACCCCGAGAGGCUGGUCCUCUUGCUGCCCUGCUACAAUGAAACCCGCGAUGAGCUGACCCGGUCUCUUGACUCCCUCGUGGAGCAAAAGGAGAUUGGUCGCCACCCCAAGAUCAUCUUCAUCAUUGUUGACGGUAACGCUCGUGGCCCUGGCAUGGAGAAGACCACUCAGGAGUACCUGCUCCAGGACAUCCUGGGUCCAGGUCAGUUCCGCCGCUUCGAAAAUGGCUACCGUGCCCGAGACGGUCUCUUCAUGCCGGUCAAGGUCCAAAGCGGCUAUUACAAGGGGCUGCCGUACAUCUUCGUCGGCAAGGGCUACAACCAGGGGAAACGGGACAGCUUGUGCUUCGCCCGUUCGUUCUUGUAUCACUUCAAGAACCGCUCCGAAAACAUGGUGACCAUGUUCAACAAGAGGUUGUACGAUUGCAUUGGCACCGUCUUCGUCCAGCAUGGCCUCGACACGGUUGACUACCUCGUGGGCAUGGACGCCGACACCGUCUUUGAUGAGUUUUGCAUCAUCGAGAUGCUCCGCGAGAUCCGCUCAAACGACAAGCUGGUUGGUGUCUGCGGCCACGUCUGCGUCGACUUUGACGGCAAGCCGUUCAACCCAUGGGCUCUCUACCAGUCGGUCGAGUACUCGCAGACUCAAGGCCUGCGACGCAUGUUCCAGUCUCGCAUCACGGGCAAGGUCAACUGCCUGCCCGGGUGCUGCCAGCUGAUUCGUGUCGACGAGUCGACGUUUGGCGACGAGGUUCUUCGCGAGCGCUUCGGAUACUGCCCUAAGCCUAACGACACCAUGACGUCGCACAUCCUGGGCAACUAUUCCGAGGACAGUAUCCAUGCCUCCAUCAUCUUCAGCUUGUUCCCCAAGAAGCAGACUGCCCAGGCCCUACGCGCCAAGGCAUACACCAUUGUGCCGACCAACGCCAAGGUGUUCCUGUCACAGCGCAAGCGCUGGGCCUUGGGUAGCAUCUCGAACGAGUUUGUCAUGCUGUUCCGCCCGGGCAUCAUCGUUUUGGAGAGAUUACAGAGCUUCAUAGCCGUAAUGACAUGGGCCAUUACGCCUUUCAUCUUGACCGCCGUGGCAGAGCUCAUCAGGCUGCUCAUCACGCAGGGUGGCAGGCUGUUCCAUAACCCUGCGUUUGUCGUCCUUCUCUCCAUCUUGGCCUCUCGCUACGUCUACUCGUUCUGCGUUGGCUUCUGGCUUCCGCGAAAUUGGACGGAACGUGGCCAGUAUUUUGCUGGUUACUUCCUACAUUUCCUAGUCUCGCCUCUCGCAAACAUCCUCAUCAUGGUUUACUCUCUCUGUAACUCGGAUGAUUUCAAGUGGGGGAAGACCAGAGAAGUGGUCGAAAGCGAUGAGGAUGUCGCUGAAAAGGGAACGGGUGUGGUUAGAGACGCUCAUUAA